UAUAUGGAAGAGAAAGCGACUAACCGUACGACGACCCGCAGAAUCCGAUCCGUAAACCUUCUUACUCUUUCCUAAGACCAAACAAACCCUAAUCUAAUUUGAUCUUCUAUGAUCUUUUCUAAUUUGUUCUUGUCAAGCUUCUCCAUCGAUUUAUCUAAUAAUUUUUGCUCAAUUUGAGCUUGAAAACGUUCGUUUUACCUUUCUCAGUCCAUUUCGGAUGAUUUGAGGAUUUAUUGAGAAGUGGUGAAAUAGUCAUGGGCAGCAGUGAGGUGGAUAAGCAAGCUAAAGAAAAGGAAGCAAAGACACCGCCCACUGCUACCACACAGGAGCCGACUGCAACUACUAGUGCUGGCACUGUGAAUCCAGACUGGUCCGGAUUUCAGGCAUAUUCUCCUAUACCUCCUCAUGGAUUUUUGGCGUCAAGUCCCCAAGCUCAUCCAUACAUGUGGGGGGUUCAGCAUCUUAUUCCUCCCUAUGCUACCCCACCACAUCCAUAUGUUGCAAUGUAUCCCCAUGGCGGCAUAUAUGCCCAUCCAUCCAUUCCUCCGGGAUCUUAUCCUUUUAGUCCUUUUGCAAUGCCUUCCCCAAAUGGGAUCAUUGAAGCAUCUGGAAAUACUCCAGGAAGCAUGGAAGCAGAUGGUAAACCAUCUGAUGUGAAGGAAAAGUUGCCCGUUAAAAGAUCAAAAGGAAGUUUGGGUAGUUUGAAUUUGAUCUCUGGGAAGAAUAAUGAACUUGGUAAAACAUCAGGAGCAUCUGCUAAUGGAGCCUAUUCUAAAAGUGGAGGGAGUGCAAGUGAAGGUACAAGUGAAGGAAGUGAUGCCAAUUCUCAAAAUGGCUCACAGAUGAAGUCAGGGUGCAGGCAAGACUCUGUGGAAGGUGAAGCAUCUCAGAAUGGAAAUUCUGUUAAUGGUUCUCAAAAUGGAGGACCAAAUACACCUUAUCCAAUGGUGAAUCAAACAAUGGCCAUGAUGCCAAUUUCAGCUGCUGCUGCUCCUGGAACUGUUCCUGGACCUACAACAAACUUAAAUAUUGGCAUGGAUUACUGGGGUGCUGCAGCUUCAUCCAAUAUGUCUGCGAUACGAGGCAAGGUUCCUUCUACUCCUGUUGCUGGAGGAAUAGUUACUGCUGGGUCACGGGACAAUGUUCAGUCACAGCUUUGGUUACAGGAUGAUCGAGAGCUUAAAAGACAAAGAAGGAAGCAAUCCAACAGAGAGUCUGCGCGGCGGUCCCGGUUACGUAAGCAGGCGGAAUGUGAUGAGCUGGCAUUGCGUGCUGAAGCUUUGAAAGAGGAAAAUGCCAAUCUAAAAUCAGAAGUGAAUCAAAUCAGGAGCAAGUAUGAGCAACUUCUUGCAGAGAAUGCGACUCUCAAGGAGCGACUGGGGGAAGUUCCCGGGCAGGAAGAUCUAAGGUCAGGUAGGAAUGACCAACAUUUGAGCAAUGAUACACAACAAACAGGACAGGUUGAGUUGGCACAGAGUGGUCACUAGGACUGUGGCUGGCUCGCCUUGCUGCCGCUUUCCAAGAUCAUGACCUAACCACUUAGCAACAGAAAGUUGUUGUUUUGCAUAGAAUGUAGCUUAAAUUUUAUCAAAGCUGACCCUUUUUUUGGAUAGUUGUAGCCUUGUAGGAUGUGGUGUUUCUCUCAUAGCAUCCCUUAUUCCCAGUUGAGCCUCUCUUUACAAAAUGAAGGCCUGGGAUGAUAUGUGGAGUUUGAAAUUCUCGCAUUACCCCCUCUGUUUAAAAAGAGGGUGGUAGUAGCAAGCAAGAUUUCUAAGUGUGAUUGGUCUGUAAUGAAAAUAUGAAUACGAAUGGUUGAUGAUGAAUUUGUGACUCGAAAGGAUUGAACCAAAGUUUAAACAAUGUUGUACCUGUUCUGCAUCUUGUUUUCCCCAUUUCUUAAUGUGAUAAAUGUAAUAACUCCAAUAAUUCCUGGGAUGAUGUAUCUCGCUUUUACUUCUGUA